CAGAGCGCGAUGUUUCGGUGCAUGGUAUUCUAGAAAAAAAAAUAAUAAACUGUAUAGAAGGAUACCUAAAGUGUUGGUAGUAAUAAGGAAAUCGUAUUCAAUCACUCGAGUGUCGCGAAUUAAAAUAAGCAAAACAUUUAUUUGGUAUAAGUUGUUGUGUAUAAUAUUAUGGUGUCUUAUUAUCCGCAAACAUCGGGAAUGUACCAUCCGCAGCACCAGUUAACAGGCAACGGGCACGGCCAUUUCCAGCCCAACGCGCACGUGUCCCCGUGGUACGCCGGCUUCAGGCAGUCGCCGCACCAGCUGGGCGCCGCGCCGCCCGGCGCCUACUGCGCCGUCGAGCAGGACCAGCAGAUGUGGCACCACCAUCCGGCCCACGCGGGCCUCUUCCAGCAGGAGUUCCAGGAGUGGUCGGGCCACGGGCCGCACCACCAGCUCGCCCAGCACCAGCAGCACCAGCUCGACAUGGGCGACAACCAGCUGCCGUCGCCGCCGAUCACCGGCAGCGACAUGUCCAGUCCGGGCGUGCAGAACGGGAACGUGUCGCCGGCGCUGGGCCACAACCAGAGCCGGCCGCCGCCCGCCAGGAGUCCCUACGAGUGGAUCAAGAAGACCUCUUAUCAAUCGCAACCCAAUCCCGGCAAAACGCGCACGAAAGACAAGUACCGCGUGGUGUACACGGACCACCAGCGCAUCGAGCUGGAGAAGGAGUUCACGUUCAACAACAAGUACAUCACCAUCCGCAGGAAGUCGGAGCUGGCCUCGAACCUGGGCCUGUCCGAGCGCCAGAUCAAGAUCUGGUUCCAGAACCGCCGGGCCAAGGAGCGCAAGCAGAACAAGAAGCGCGCCGAGGAGAAGGGCCAGAUCGAGAUGCCGCCCAACGGGCAGUACCACCAGCAGACCAUCAUCAACCAGCAUCCCCAGAUACACAACAUGGACAUGCACAAUCAGCAGACGGUGCUGCCCAACAUCGUGCCCUCCACGGUCGUCAUGCAGCGCUUCAUGGAGACGAAUCACCCGAUGAAAUUAGAGAGUAGUGAGAACGAUCAAUUAGGUUAGAAAGUGAUGAGAGGUGUUUUUUUUUUUUGUAUAUAUGUACGUAUAGAUUAUAAAAUGGACUAAAUUUGUACAGAACUGUUGUAUUUUCAAAGUGUUUACUAUCCGGUUCGGUCGAUUUUUUGAUUCUCGUUCUCGUACCUACAGGGAUUUUUUUUCCAACAAUUCUUAUACCUGUUGUUACAUUUUUUUAUUUAAAUGUGUUAGGCAUGAACAAUUCAAUUAUGAGACUCGAUAACAAGAAAUCGCCAAUUUUUUUCCCUAAUUUUAAUAAAUUAUUUAAAAUCAAAAAUUAUUUUAGAACAAUACUAUUAUUAUAAGUUGUAACGCGUUUUGUGAUGAUAAUAAGAGCACGUGUUUUGUGUAUAAAUUUUUAGCCUGUGCUCGUUUUCCCAUUUCUUAUAUACAAUUAUACAGGGUGUUUCGUUUUAAUUCGAAUCACUCUGUAUAGUUAUGUCAUAAAUUAUGAGUGGAGAUUUUUUUGAACCGCCGAAAAAUGUUUCUCAUUUCGAUCGCAAGAGUGUCGUGAUUUUACGAAAACGAUUUGAAAUAUAUUUUAUACAAAUAUAGCGCGGGAAAUUCCGGUUUUGAUGGGAACACUCGCCUUAAAAGAAAACCUAUUUGAAUUUAAACGAUCGAAAUCGGAGUUUCCCCGUACCGUCCCGAUGUUUAUGUGCAAUAUACGAAAUUGCACGAUUUCAGUGCAAUUUUUUAGACUCUAAAAGAGAAUUAUUAGAUGAGUUUACUAAUUUAAGCUUUUGAUGAGUUCGUAAGUAAAUCGUGUAAAAAUAUUCUUAAUAAUAAAUUUUUGUU